GACGAACACCGGCCUCACCAAACCCUCUCUCUCUCUCUCUCUCUCUCUCUCUCUUCCCAUAGACUUGUAAACCAAAACUCUCUCUCUCUAGAAAUUUUCUACUCUUUUCUCCUUUUCUUCUUUGUUUAAUUUGUGUUAUCUUGCCUCAAUUUUUUCUUCAAAAAUUGCUUCCUUCUCAAGCCUUUUGUCUUUCUCUUGAUCUCUCUCUUCGUUUUUUAGUUAUUGAGUUUCUCUUCGGGUUGGUUUCUGGUCUCUAAGUGGUUUCUCUCAUGGCUGGUCGCUACGAUCGUAACCCUUUCGAUGAAGAAGAAGAAGUUAAUCCCUUUGCUGAUCCAGCUGUAAGGGGGAAAGCAUCAGGUCAGCAGAAGUUCAGUGGAGGUGCAUUUUACACAUCAAGCGCUCCUCCUGCUUCAAACUCGAGGCUUUCACCACUUCCUCCUGAACCUGCUGAUUUUGGUUAUGAUCAUGGUGCAACAGUUGACAUUCCAAUUGAUUCUACUACGGAUUUGAAGAAAAAGGAGAGGCAACUCCAAGCUAAGGAGGCUGAAUUGAGAAGGCGAGAACAGGAUGUAAAAAGGCGUGAAGAUGCAGCUGCACGAGCUGGAAUUGUCCUGGAGGAGAAAAAUUGGCCACCAUUUUUCCCCAUUAUCCAUCACGAUAUUGCAAAUGAAAUACCAAUUCAUCUACAAAGAAUUCAAUAUGUUGCAUUUACAACAUUUUUAGGAUUGGUUGUGUGUCUUUUCUGGAACCUUAUAGCUAUUACAACGGCAUGGAUUAAAGGCGAAGGGGUGAGAAUCUGGUUUCUUGCUAUUAUUUACUUCAUAUCAGGAGUUCCUGGUGCAUACGUUUUGUGGUAUCGUCCACUUUAUCGUGCAUUUAGGACUGAAAGUGCUAUGAAGUUUGGAUGGUUUUUCCUGUUUUAUAUGGUUCACAUUGGCUUCUGCAUCGUAGCAGCGGUUGCUCCUCCUAUAGUUUUCAAAGGGAAAUCUUUCACUGGCAUCUUGUCUGCAAUAGAUGUUGUGGGUGACCAUGCUUUAGUGGGAAUAUUCUACUUCAUUGGAUUUGGAUUAUUCUGCGUUGAAUUGGUGCUCAGUAUUUGGGUUGUGCAGCAAGUAUACAUGUAUUUCCGUGGCAGCGGUAAAGCUGCUGAGAUGAAGCGCGAGGCUGCUAGAGGAGCAAUGAGGGCUGCAAUAUGAUGAUGAUACUAUGCUUGUGAACGGGCAACUAUUCCGAGCUUAUUUGUUGGUUUAGGCUGUACAUCUCAAGAGAUUUUUGCCUUUAUGGUAUAAUGAAAUUUAUAUUUUACAUGUAAAAUAGUAAGGAUUUGCACCUAAAAUAAGUGUAUUGAAUUUAUGAUAAAUCAGGUCUUUUUUCGUUUCUCCCUUAGGCCUUAUCCCUGUAAAUUUCGGAUAAAAAGAUCAUGACUUGAGACUGGCUUUUGUUGGACCAAUUCCAUUAUUGCUUAUCGCUUGCUUGAGUGCUUGUAAAUGCUUUUACUUGUAAUAUUUACGGGUUCUGUAA